AGUUAGUGUUCAAAUGUCCUUAAGCAAUUAUGAUGUGUCUGUAUGACCAGUCAGAUGAAGGUUUUUGUUUCCAUAGUCACAGUGUAUACAUCAACCAAACUCUAAAGGAUUGUGAGAUACAAAUGCCACAAACAGCUUUGUUAGGAAACUCCCUUCAUGUCUCACUACAAGAUGCAAGGACAUUUCAGUGGUUAGUAUUGAUUGUUUAACUCAUUUCCUUUGCUUGAAAGCAUAUAGGAAGAACUGAUGGGCAAGGUCAAACCCAAAUGUCUAUGGGAGCGCGUUAAAUGGAGACGAUCAUACAACUAAAGACCCUUGUUUGACCCUUUUGUAGGAAGCUUGAAAGUCUGACUUAAAGUAACAUCUAACAGGCCGUAUAUAAGAGUUACUAACAGACUGGAGCAGAUGUCACACUACUAUGUCUGACUGCAUAAAUACUUCUCACACCUGUGGUGUUACUCCAAGAUAUAGAAGUGAAAAACAAUCAAUGGAUAAGCCCACUGGCCACACAAACCGACCGAGGACCUCUCCUGCUGUUUAUACUCCAUUCAUUGAUCCUGGCAGAGAUUUGUUGUCUGCUGAGCUUUCAUCUUAUGCCAGAAAGCGGGUGUCUCCCCGACUUUCUAGCUCCAGGAAGAUGAACAAGAAGGCUGUUCAGUUAGAGUACCUGGUUAUAUCACCAGGUUAUAAAAUGAUGCGAUCCAAGGAACAUAUUGCUGUUCGAUUGGAGGAAGAUUUUUUUGGGAAAGCUACACAUCCAGUGGAAGAAAAGCCUCCAGUGGAGGAAAGACCACCCAGACAAAAUGUGAGGGCUGCUCACCAAAGAUUAGAAGAGAAACUGGACAAGCAAGAACAAUCACUAAUAAGAGGGCAAGAUAUUAUAGAAGAUUUUCAGGAACAAAUCUCCAAGCUAACUGCGCUGCUAGAACAAGAGACCACUGAACAUCAGAAAACACAGAGAAGGCUAACACAGGAACUAGAGGAAAGAAUUACAGAACUUAAAAAAAAGAAUGAAGAACAAAUAUGCAAUCUCCAGAAAAAAUAUGCUGAUGACCUACAUGCUGUCCAGAAGGAAAAAAGUUCUAAAUUAGAACAAGAGAAGGCUGAGGCGGAAAAUAAAUUUGACGAGCUACAGAAAGAUUUUGAUUUAUUGAAAAGUUCUUUUAGGACAUACCAGGAAAGCCUAUCAGAGGAGCUCAAUGAAAGUUGGCUACAAAAGGAAGCCCUGUGGAAAGAGACUUCUGAAAACGAUAAGCUAGAGGCAUUGAGAAAGCAAAGAGAGUCUCUUCUGGAUACAUUUGAGGAUGAGAAGAAAGAAUUGAAGAGAAGGGCCAUGGAAGAAAUGGCCAUGUUUCAACAGAGCCAUGAGAAGCAGUUGAAUGAAUCCUGGAGGAAGUACAAAGACAUUUUGCAAGAAUCAAAGAUGCAGGACAUACAGAAAACGCACCUACAGGCAGAACUAGGCGAAAAAAAGGAGGUUAUUAUUUCACUGAAUGCUGAGAUACGGAAAGCACAUGUACAGAUUGGUCACCUCAAAAGCCAAUUAGAUGACCUCAAAAGAAGCUUUGAACAUAGAGUGAUAAAAGUAGAGGGAAAAUACAGCCACAGAAUUCACACACUUUUGAAUGAAAAUGCAGAUUUAAGACUAGGAUUGGAAACUAGCAUCAGUCCUUCCACUGACAAUACUCCUUUUGUUGACAUGUUCAGGAGGAAACUCAUCACUAAGAAUGAGCAGCUUUUCAGCGACAGAAACCAGUGUGGAACUGUGAGUCAAACUACAAGUCCUCUGUAUGUGAAACAUUAAACACGACAGCAACAGACUUCAGGUCAAAAUCUAUAAGCCCCAAGCUGUUAUGAACUGGCAUGGAUUUUUUCAGAGGCCUUAAGUAUUAUUGGAUUUUACUACCACAUUAAUAUGCUAUCAAAAAGCAAGUUAUAACAUAAUUUAACACAUUAAUAUUUGUUAACAUGAUUGUGUUUAAUUAAAUAACUAUGCUGCAGUUUAUCUUUACAAUA